UAUCAGUUGUGGUGCGGACUGAGCAUCACAUGGGAGCUGCGGCGGGUGCGGAGCCGGGGAGGAUCUGCGCUCCGGGCGAUGGCACCCAGCCUUAAAGGCAAGCGGAAAAAGAAGACCAUUCCCAUGGCUGAGAGUGAAUCCCAGAAUGCUCUGGUGCUGUGCCUGGCAGAAGAGACCGCAGAGGGAAGUCCGGCUGCUGAAGAGCAUCGAAAGACUCCAGAGAAUCUGGAAGAAGAAGUGGGGUCUCCUGAAACCAAGGCAGAUGGGGCUUUGGAAACGGGUGAGAAGAGCCCAGCAGAGGACUCUGGAGAUGAGCAGGUGCCCAGCAGCGAGAAGGAAGAGGAGCAAGCUUUCCUUGUCAGCCUCUACAAGUUCAUGAAGGACCGCCACACGCCCAUCGAGAGGGUGCCUCACCUCGGCUUCAAGCAGAUUAACCUGUUUAAGAUCUACAAAGUUGUGGAAAAGCUGGGAGCCUAUGAACUGGUCACUGGGAGGCGUCUUUGGAAGAACGUGUAUGACAUGUUGGGGGGCAGCCCAGGGAGCACCAGCGCCGCUACUUGCACACGGAGGCAUUACGAGAGGCUGGUCCUCCCGUACGUCCGGCACCUGAAAGGUGAAGACGACAAACCCCUGCCCCCUGCCAAGCCCCGAAAGCAGUACAAGGUGUCCAGAGAGCCAAAGGGGGCCAAAGGGAAUGGACCUGCAGAGAAGAAGAGGGCCAAGAAGGAGAAGCUGAGGGACCAGAUCUUGCCAGAGAAGCCGACCCCUGAUGCUGCCUCUGCCGCCAAGCCUACCAGCGAACCCGAGCAGAGCCGACUGCUCGAGCAGCCCGAGGGGUGCCUCUCUCUUCCAAACGGCCGCGAGGCCUCUGAGAGCCAGGCCCCUGACGCCUGCCAUGGCAACUGCCGUGCCCAUGGCUGCUCCGAGGCCUACAAGCGGCUCUUCUCCAGCUUCUACUUCAAAGGGAACCACGGCAUCAUGUCUCCCUUAGCCAAGAAGAAGCUCCUGGCUCAGGUGAGCAAGGAUGAGUCCCUGUAUUGUCACCAGAAGCACCUCAGCCACUGCCCAGAGUACAAGAAGGCCAGGAUCCGAGAGAUCCCUGGCUCGGACACAGAGGCUGGUCCCAAGAAUCCGCUGGCCACCAGCCUCCCUCCGAAAGAGGGGCAAACUCCAGUGCGGGAAGUGGACGGGUCCAUUGGCUCAGCUGGUUCCUCUCAGCCCUCGAAAGCCAGUGAAGGGGAGUUGAAAGCGUCCCCGAGCCUCACGGAGGGCCACCUGCCUCAGAAAGCAGAUGAUGCUUGCUGUGGGGGCCACCCAUCGCCUGGUCUACCUCUCGUCAGGGGCUACUUCCACACAUCCCGAGGUGAGGUCAUGAAACCCGUAAGUUGCCAUCCUCUUCGAGGACCAGUGGAGUAUUAUGGUGGCUUUAAGAAUUUCCCGGAGGUGGCAGCAGCUUCUGCCUAUCAGCAGCCUGGCAGCGAUGUGCUGUUGAGUCGCCUGCCUCAGAAAAAGCAAGAAGGCCCCGAGGACCAGCCAGAAGAUCUCCGCCGGAAGCCGAGCCAGCCUCUGCCCUCCUGGAGAGGGGAUGGUCAGCAGCAAACCUCCCCCUUCCAGGUGAGCAGCCCCGGGGGCAAGAGAGGCUCCUCCCCCUUUCCCCACGCCAAGCCCUCGUGGGCGCCCCCGGUGGCCAGCCUGGCCAAGGUCAGCCCGCAAGCCCUUAAGAACGGAGGCCAUUCAGUUUCUCAAGCGCAGGCCAGCAGUUUGGCUCAGAAGAAGCGAGCCAUGGAAGAGGAGCUGUUCCUGAAUGGCAAGAGGCUCAAGGCUGUCACCCCUUUCGUCAAGGAGGUGCAGUCCAGCAAUGGGCUGGAGCGUGGCCCUUCCCCAAGCGGCCAGCAGGUGGCAAAGCCCAAGGCUGCUGUGCCGAGUUCAGGUUUCCCAGUUGCUCCCGUGCCUCAGGUUCAGGAUAUGUACAAAGGGACGAUGUUGAGGCUUCCUGUGAACUUUAGCACCCCGGGGGAGCACUUAAAAGGGCAGUCGGCCUCACUGAUCCCUUCCUUGUCCAUCAGUCCAUUCAUUAUCCCGGCGUUCCCCACCCCGUUACUAACUGCUUCCGUUCAGCCAUCUGACCUGUGCCAGCCGCUGGCCCACUACCCCACCUCUUACGACAGUGUGCUCCGCCAUCGUCUCUACCCGGUUUCAACGUGGCACAGCCAGCCAGCUUAUGCCUCCCCCCAUGUGUCAGCCUUCCACCGGAACACCAAGCUGUAGCCACCAGCCGGGAACCCCCAGGGGGAUGCAGGGUUUUUGGACCAGGCACGCCACAAGUUGGAAUCUGCAGCUGCGCUGCGUUGCCAGCAUUUGGGACUGCCGAUCUUUGAAGGCUCUUCCUUGGAAAAGCAGCAGGGAUGCAACUGUCAGGACCGUGUAAUUUUCGUUUUUAAACAAAAACCAAACACUCCCACUCACCCGCAAAACUCUUGAACUUUGAAAUGUAUUUGUAUCUGGUAUGAUAUGCAAAUGAUGUGCGCAAAAGAACAACAACCACCAUUAGGGAACAAAGCUCCUAUAAAGAGAGAUUUAUAUCUGUGGUAAUGCUGGGCGCAAUUCCAUUCCGAUUCUUUCAUACAUUAUAAACACAAGUGCCUAGUC